CACAAGAGACGGAUCUGGCACUGUGCGCCGUCAGGAAAGGCCCGGCUGCCUUGGAAACAGAGAAGAAGGCGACCCAAAGGAGGAAAGCACUCAAGAAGGGGGCGGGAGGCAGAGGGAAAAAAGGUGGAGUGUUGUAUAAAGAGAGAGAGAGAGAGGGAAUAGAGAGCUAGAGGCAGAGUGAAAACACAUUGGAGCCUAGAGUGAGAGUAACUGAAUGAGGCAGAGCGAGUCCGGCCUCGACUCUGAGGCGUUCUUCACACUCCGGCACUCACCUCACUCAUUCACAAAACAAACGCAGGAAGGCGGAGAGGAAGCCGAGAGAAAUAUCUGCUCCGUGUAACAGGAGGCAGUGCAGCAGCGGAGCGCCCCGAGGAGACGUCAGGAGGAGGUUAACCGCAAACGCCGACCCCGAGCGAGAGCAGCGAGGCGCACAUCCUCCACAGAUGCCACAGACUCCCUCACCCUUGAGUGGAAAGCAGAGGGCUCCUGCCGAAGGGGGUCCCGACAGAUGUGGCGGUCCCUGCGCGGGGCCCUCAGGUGUCUGGGGGUGAAGGUGUGCCGGAGGAGCGCUCUGCUCGUCGUCCUGCUGUGGUUGGCCUCCUGGCUCUUCCUCAACGGCCUGGUGUUUGUGCACAGGAACAUGUUCUCUGACUUCUGCACUGAAGACAAGAGCAAAGAGAUCCUGCAGAGGGUGUGUGCCGAGUAUCAGCAGGGAGUUCUGACCGGUGACCUCUGCGAGGACCUCUGCGUGGCCGGUCGUGUGGAAUACAAACGCUGCCUCUAUUACGAGAAUGGCAAGAAGGUCAUGGCCGCCAGCUGGCGUGGGGUGCCUGUCGUUCUCAAGUCAAAGCUGGAGAACUUCUCCUCCUAUGAGGCUUUAGCUCUGCUGGAGUACCAGGAUACAGCGGGAGGAACGGGAGGCGAGGAGGAGCUCUCGCCGCUGGAUGUCGUCUUCUAUGCCACGCUGGAGAUCAAGAACUCUCUGGGCUUGGAGACGGGAACUAACUUGACGUUGCCCCGCUUGUGGGGCCAAAAGCUGAAAGAGAACGAGCGGACGUACUCGCGAGCGUUACACCUCUGUGAUAUCAAACCAGAGAACUUUGCUAUCAGGAAGGACCUGACGGUGGUGGCUAUAGAUGUGGAUAUGGCUUUUUUUGAGCCCAAAAUGAGAGACAUACUUGAGCAGAACUGCACCAGUGACAAUGACUGCAACUUCUUCGACUGCAUUUCCAAGUGUGACAAAACUAAAAACAGAUGUGGGCCAAAGCGCAAGAACAGUAACCUUCAGGUGAUCUGUGAGAAGAUCUUCAGGCCUUGGUUUUCUCCCACGCUGCUCGGUGCUAAAGCGGGGCUCCCCCUGCAGGUGGCGCUGCAGCGAGCCGUGCAGGAGUGCGCUGAGAUAGACGGCGGGGAGGACGCCAAGCGUUCGCGGGCCGUGAGAAAACAGCUACAGGAUCUGCUCGUGGAGCUCAUUCAGGAGGACACGGGAAACCAGGGUGAAGGCUCGGAACACAAGACGAGACGUGUCCAUACGGCACUUAAUUUCUAAAUGAACUCUCGAAAUGGCUACGAAAGAACAAACCCAGUCAUGUGCAAUUCUGGAGAACAUCUCAGAUGACUAUUACAGUCGAAAUAACAGCUGUUUUCCAACAGCCAGAUACAUUAGCAUAGUUGUUUACUGCUAAUAUUCAAAAUGUCUGUUAAACCUCUGGUGCUGUUCAGCAAUUUUCAAAAGGAAAAUUGUAGGUUUGUUUUUUUUUCUAUUUUAUUUACUUCAUCGGAAUGGUACGGAACAUGGUACAGUUUUUGGCACUUGAUAUGAGACCACACAGAAAUCAUGGACAUGAUUUGACACGGUUAAAUGGUUCUGAAAAAAAUAGUCCCACUUGUACUGUUUGUGGUCAAAAAUGAACGCACUGGAAAC